AUGUCACAAAUCCUCACGGGCUCUGCAAUCAUUACCGGGGCUGGUUCAGGCAUCGGUCAAGCCACAAGCGUGGCUCUUGCUCGGCAUGGGAUCCAGAAGAUUGCGCUGGUCGACGUGAACGACGCCGGACUGCAGACGACCACCGAUCUGAUUCGGGAAGAGCACACCGACAAGACGGAGGUUCUAAUUAUCGUCGCUGACGUCAGUGAUGAAACAUCCGUGGCCCAGGCCGUUCGAACCGCGGUGAAGAACUUCGGUAGAAUUGAUAUCGCACUCAACAUUGCUGGGAUACCCGGCCCUCUCAAGCCCUCGACCGACGUCUCCUUGGAAGAGUUCCGAAAGGUCAUUGACGUGAACAUGACUGGAAUGUGGCUGUGUCAGAGAGAGGAAUUGAGGCAGAUGCUCUUGCAAGAGGCCGUGCAAGUGCGUCCUGGAGUCAAGAGCCGAGGAGUCAUUGUCAACAUGGCGUCAAUUUUUGGACUAUCUGGGGCUGCGCCGUACACCCCGGCAGCUCCCUAUAACACCAGUAAGCAUGGAGUAAUGGCUAUCACUAGGAAUGACGCAAAUACAUAUGCGAAGGACGAUAUUCGUAUAAACGCUGUGUGCCCAGGAUAUAUCAAGACAGCGACCAUGGAAGCAGCAGUUUCUCAGGGUGGCGCUAUGCGUAGAGAAAUUGAGAAGGUUCCCAUGGGUCGACUAGCAAACCCCGAAGAGGUCGCAGAAGCGAUCAUAUUCCUAGCAUCUCCCAUGAGCAGUUUCAUGACUGGAGCUGCUCUCGUAGUUGACGGCGGGUAUACUGCUAAUUGA